AUGGCGACUUCAGACGAGCCACCAUUCGCGCUAAUCGUUCCCCCUACUGCGGAGGUUGCCAGCGUCAAGCCUCCAAGGACGUGGCGCCCUAGGCAGGACGGUUAUCUCCGCGGAAUGACGACCGUUUCGGUUGAGCCAAGGGCCGCGGCCCUGGAGGAAACGGAUGAAGGUAUCAUCGACGUCUACCACGGAAGGGACCCCCAUUUUUCGGCCAACGGUUUUUCCUUUCUCAUGGAAUUCCAUAAGGACUACUCGGCCAUCGACCUAUAUGGCAUGACCCCUGAAAACCGUGAAAUCGUGGAGUUGGCUCUCAAAUACGCUAAGGCAGAAAGGCUCCUUAUUACCAGCGUAUCCAACUCGGCCAUUAAGGCCGUAUACCAGGCACACGGAGAGGUCAGGGCAAGAGGGAUGCCAGGUUACCGACCCGAGCAGGGAGGAUUGGGGCCCAAGGCCCCUUUUAGCGGAAGCAAUUUAGAAUACCUCUACCGAUAUUUUACUGUGACUCCGGCCGACACUAUCUUUGGUCUGACGAUCGAGGAAAGGGCCUGGGUAAGCCAUCUGGACGAUUACUUAGCGGCCAGGGAUGCGUUAGCUAAGGCUAGACAGGCCCUCGAGGAGGAAGUCGAGACCUCGGACCCCCCUAAGAUCAGAGCCACCACAGAAGAUACCCCUGGGACUGCAAGGCCUAUGGUCAAGGGCCUCGACGACCUUUUCUUCGGUCACGAGGCCAAGGACGACUCCACGUUGGGAAUCUGCAAUGAGGACUACGAGGGGAUCCUCGGGAUGGUUGAGGAAAAAACCCUCGCCAGUGGCGGCUGUGAGGUCAACAAGGAGGCUGGUGGGGGAAACCAGCAGGAUCCAAAGGAGGUCAGCAUGAACAUGGUUUUGGUGCUACCGUCUGAGUUUUCAGCCCCAAGAGGCCAGACCAACGGCCUGGAUAAUGACGUGGGCGAGGAGCAGCUUGAUCAAAGGCAAAAAACAAAGGAAGAAUUGUUGGCCAACGAGGUAAUACCCAGAGACGAGCCAAACAAAUACCGACACCUCAAGCCGUUGUACAUCUCGGCUCAUGUAGAGGGUGUGCCCGUGUCCAAGGUCUUCGUUGACUGUGGGGCAACAGUCAACAUCCUUCCCUAUUCCAUGAUGAAGAAGCUGGAUAAGUCAAAGGAGGACCUCAUCCCUAGCGACGUGGUCAUGAGCAGCUUUGUGGGCGAUAAAUCUAAGACCAUCGGGGUGUUGCCGUUAAAAAUCACCGUGGCCGACCGGACAAGAGUCGCGGCCUUCUACAUAGUCGAAUCCAACAUGGACUACAAUAUAUUGCUCGGUCAAGAUUGGAUCCAUCAGUCCGGAUGCAUACCGUCCUCCAUCUUCCAACUGUUGUUCUUCUGGGACGGCCAGAGGGUGUCCAUACACCCAGCCGACAAAAAACCCUUCGAAACCAACACCGUGCAAGCACGGAUUUACGACGACGACAUUGGAUGGGUUGUCCUCACCGGCCACGAUGCAAGCGGCCGGCCAACCAGGACAACGGCGCAGAAAGUGCUGGAGUUAGGCGCCGAGAAUGUUCGACAGGAUUCGGCGCGCGAAGUAUUGAUCAACCUCACUGACCUUUAG